AUGUCACAGGAAAUAACCAUAUUGUAUGGUUCAGAGACUGGAAAUGCAGAAGAAUAUGCCAAGUAUUUAAAACAACGGUUAAGAUGCUAUAAUUUCAAAGCAGUAUGCACAUCUAUGGACGAGUAUCCAUUGAAGAAUUUGAUUACUCAUACAAAAUACUUGAUCAUCAUUUGCUCAACAACAGGACAAGGUGAAAUACCACGAAAUGCAAAGAAGUUUAUGAGAUUCAUUUUGAAAAAAAAAUUACCUCUGGAUUUCUUACAACAUAUUUACUUGACAUCAUUCGGUUUAGGUGAUUCUUCAUAUACAAAGUAUAAUUACGCGAUCAAAAAAAUCCAUGCAAGAUUGGCCCAAUUAGGGUGUCAAGAAUUGUCACCAAGAUGUGAAGCAGAUGAAAUAUCUCCUGAAGGUAUAGAUGGAUAUUAUAUCGAAUGGGAGACUGAAUUAAUUGCUGCGUUAUUGAAUCAGUUCCCUGGUACUGUAAGAAUAAACGAAGAAACCGUACCUAUGCCAGAAUAUAGAGUGAAUGUUUCUAAGCAAGAGAUUGAACAAAUAGGCAAUGACUUUUUAUUGUCCAGAAUUGGUAAUAAUGGGUUGAAAGUUGGAAAAGUUGUUGAGAAUAAGAGGUUAACCGCACCUGAUCAUUUUCAAGAUGUUCGAAAUUUUGUGAUAUCUAGUGACGAAUUAGAAUAUUCCCCUGGUGAUACAGUUUCUUUGUUUCCUUGUAACUUUGAUGAAGAUGUCGAGAUGUUAUUGCAACUGCAGCCACAUUGGUUGAAAGUAGCAGACAAACCAUUGCAAGUGAAAAAGUUCCCACCCUUAGAAGGUGGAUUCAUUCAGAAUUUAACAUUAAGAAAUUUGAUUAAAUAUCACCUUGAUAUUAUUUCAAUUCCAAGAAGAAGCUUUUUUGCAUUGUUGUGGCAUUUUGUUGACUCCUCAACUCCAGAUGGAGAACGUGAACAAGAGAAGUUAAGAGAAUUCGGUAGUCUUGACGAACCUGAAGAUCUUUAUGAUUAUGCUAAUAGACCAAGAAGACUGAUUUUGGAGACAUUGCUUGAAUUUCAAAAUAAUUUGACUAUCCCUAUAUCCUACAUCCUUGAUUUGUUCCCAUUAAUCAAACCAAGAAUGUUUCUGAUUGCAUCUAGACCAUCAACGAGUGAAGUUGAGUUGGUAGUUGCUAUUGUGGAGUACAAGACAAUUAUAAGAAAGAUAAGAAGAGGCCUAUGCACCAGAUGGCUUAAGAGUUUGAAUACAGGUGAUGAAAUAUUAUACUCGGUUCAGAAAUCCAGUUUCAAAUAUGAUGACAAACAACCAAUCAUCAUGGUUGCUCCAGGUACAGGUGUAGCUCCAAUGAAGUCGCUUAUUGAUGAUAUCUUAGAUAAAAAAUCCAAUCAAGAGUUAUACUUAUUCUUUGGAUGUAGAUUCAAAGAAAAGGAUAAUUUAGUAGAGUCCUUCUGGUCUGGUGAGUAUCCGAAUUUGCAUGUGUUUAAUUGUUUUUCAAGAGAUCUGGAUUCGCAGUACAAGUAUGUUCAAGAUGGUUUGUUUCAUCUGUAUGAAUUAAUUGGUAGAUUAUUAAUGGAAGAAAACGCUAAAGUAUUUGUUUGUGGAUCCAGUGGUAAAAUGCCUCGUGAAGUUAAGAUAACAUUUGUAGAAAUUAUUAAAAAGUAUUCUGGCAUGAAUGAAGAAGACUCCCAAAGUUUUAUACUUUCUUUAGAGGACAACGGUAGGUAUAAAGAAGACGCAUGGUAG